AUGCUCCGUCGUCUGUUUGGCCGUGGUCUGGCGACGGCUGCGGGGAAACCGUAUCCCUUUUCGUCUCAGGUGUCAGUCCCUACGCCACCCCCGUUGCCUCCCACCAAAGACCGUAUGCUCGUCGGUAAAGGCCUGAUGGCACACUUGCAUAAGACUCUCCCAUCCGAACCCGCCCAAAAUCUCAUGAACACCCUGUUCUCGAAAACACACAAGGACCGUGUUCUUCCUGGCUCAGUCUUGUCGCUCUCACUCGCACAUGCACCCAAUAACUUCUCGGGCGUACUGAUCGCCGUUCGUCGGAAAGGUCCUGACACAAGCUUUACUCUAAGAAAUGUCGUGCAACGAACUGGUGUUGAGAUGCGCUUCAGUGUUGGUAGUCCGGCAAUCAAAGAAGUCAAGGUCAUUCAACGCGCAGGAACUGGGGGAGGAAAGAGUGGAAGGAGGAUGAGGAGGGCCAAGUUGUAUUAUUUGAGGGACCAACCUGCCAAGAUGAACGCUAUUUCAGCAGGUGUCAAACGCGCGACGGCCAAAUGA